UGCGUAUAUUAGUAUGUGUGGUUUUUAAGCUGCACAGAACAAAAUCCGCCACGACGAGAAUCAUGGGUGUCCUAAAUAUUGCAGUAGUCGCCGUUGUCCCUCUGGUUUUCAUCGUUGUUCUCAGCCAUCCUGAAAGCCAAAAGUUUGAGUGUGGACCAUACUGCCCAGAGCAGGGGGUGACUUAUAAUUCUUGCUGGACAGUUUGCGAAUCGAGUGUUAAUGAAGGCUUGGACCCAUUUAAUACGAAGAACGGGCGAUUCCGAAAUGGCACACCAUGCUGGCUUUCGCGAAGCAGAACGGCGAAAGCACGGGACAUGGGCUGUUGUGUCGGCUUGAAGAUAGCGGACACGAAAAAGGAGUCUGCUGUGGUGGAGAGUGUGUCAAAAACGGGACAGACAAUACCUGCAAGAGCAAGAUGCCCAAGUGCAGACUCGAUGAGUCAGUACGGAAGAAGGUAAAAGAGGAAACAAAGAGACGAAAAGCUGGAAAGAACGUGAAAACUAGCGUCUAAUGUUUCAGCCUUCGCCGCCAAGAACCAUUGCAAACAGUUGUAUGUAAAUAUGACAUUCUUCCCAUGAGAGAUUGUUCAAAUAAAUUAGUGAGAAAAGAA